AGAGUGAUGGGAAGGAAAUGCCUGUGUGUCUGUGGAUCAGGCAAUCCAUCUCUGCUGUGUGUUCUUUCAGGUUUAUGGCCACCAAUGACCUGAUGAUGGAACUGCAGAAAGAUUCAAUAAAACUGGAUGAAGACAGCGAGAAAAAAGUUGUGAAGAUGCUUUUGAAGUUGCUGGAGGACAAAAACGGGGAAGUACAGAACCUCGCUGUCAAGUGGUAAGAGCCUUGGCAGCAGUUCCCAUCCUCCCUGGCAGUAACAGAGCUGUCUCAGGCUGCAGAGAGUGCAUGAGAGUGGAGCACGGCCCUGCAGCACUGGCACCUUGCUCAGAGCUCCCUUCGCAGCGUGUCCCACAUGCUGGGCACGGCAGCCUCUUUGCUGGUACAAGCAGUGAGCGUACAGGUCCCUCUGUUGAGGCAAUAGGGGAUUUUGGAAGUAGCUCAGUGUUUAUAUUAUGAAUCUUGCCAUAUUACAAGUAGCAUGACUAAGAUUUUAUUUCUUUGGAGGGAAGCCCAGUUUAAAAUUUGGGGUCACGAAGUUUCUCUCCUUUGAAAUCCAGUGCUGAAUUUCCCAGUGGUCCUGUCUUUGACAGAGAUGUUACUGAACACAUAUAGCCCUUCAAAAACGGCAUUUGAAUUUGAGGCCCAAAUCCUACUCUUCAAGGGCAUUUUCAUUAAAGUUUAUAUUGCACACGGGUUCUUUCCCUGCUCUGAGGACAAGUGCAGCCUGUGCUGCUGCUUUGCCUUGGACAGUUUCAAUAUUUUUUUAAACCCAAAUGGAAAAGGCAGAAGGUUCCUUUACUACUGAAUCACCCGAUGAAGCGAUCCCACUGCUGACAUGUUCUUUCCUGUCUCUUUCCCCCAGUGUUCAUUCUAGAAAUGCAAUUGAAUGGGUCAGUUCACGACAGGGCUCCAGAAAGGUGGGCCACUUAAAGACACCCUUGGGUUCCUGUAUUGUUUUUUACUGUGGAUCUUAUUCACAUUCCCUUCUUUUAUCCAUAUACUGCUUCUAUCCCUGCACUCUCCCUGUUGCCUUUGGCCCUUUCUUUUUGAUUCCUACUGUCCUGACUUUUCCUGGCCCUGUUCCUGUCUCUGCCUGCUUUGGGUUUGUUUAUUCUGUUCAUUAAAGCAAAUGGUUGGGCACCGAACAGAGAUCCAACGUCUUGGUCUGUUUAUCUGUGGUUGCAUUAGCAGUUAAUGUCCAGUCAGUUAUUCCCAGCCAGGUGCAAGGAUCUCUAAGAAGGAGGAAUGUGAUGGUCUGAAGGACACUGGCAGUUGGAUUAGGCCCAAGUGUGGAUCUGUGCAGCCCACAUCAGGACUCAGGAUCUGGGCCCGCUGGUUGGCAAGGUGAAGGAGUAUCAGGUGGAAACCAUCGUGGAUACGCUGUGCACAAACAUGUUGUCAGACAAGGAACAGCUGCGGGAUAUCUCCAGCAUUGGACUGAAAACAGUCAUCUCUGAGCUGCCACCAACUUCUACAGGCUCCACAAUGACAGCAAAUGUGUGCAAAAAGAUCACAGCCCAGCUGACAGGAGCCAUUGGCAAGCAGGAGGAUGUAUCCGUGCAGCUGGAGGCCCUUGACAUCCUGUCAGAUAUGCUGAGCAGACUAGGGGGAACACUCUACUCUUUCCAUUCCUCCAUCCUGAACUGCCUCCUGCCCCAGCUGACAAGCCCCAGGCUGGCAGUACGGAAAAGGGCCAUCAUUGCGUUGGGACAUCUUGUCUUGACCUGCAGCGGAAACAUCUUCUCAGAGCUCACUGAGCAUCUGCUUGCUGAGCUGAAGAGGAAUGAAUCUACUUCUACUACGAGGACAUACAUUCAGUGUGUUGCUGGCAUCAGCAGGCAGGCUGGACAUCGCAUAGGAGAACAUCUGGAGAAGAUAAUUCCUCUGAUUGUUCAGUACUGUAACGUGGAAGAUGAUGAGCUGAGAGAGUAUUGCUUUCAGGCCUUCGAGUCUUUUGUGAGAAGGUGCCCAAAGGAAAUGGACCCUCACAUCCCUAAUGUGAUGGGGUUAUGUUUGAAGUACAUCACCUUUGAUCCAAACUACAACUAUGAUAAUGAGGAGGAGGAAGAGAUGAUGGAAACUGAAAAUGGGGAGGAUGAAGAGCAAGAAAGCGAUGACGAGUACAGCGACGACGACGACAUCAGCUGGAAGGUCCGCAGGUCUGCAGCCAAGUGCCUGGAGGCCGUCGUCAGCAGCAGGCGCGACCUCCUGCAGGACUUCUACAAAACCCUUUCCCCGGUCUUGAUAAGCAGAUUCAAAGAGAGGGAGGAGAAUGUCAAAGCUGACAUCUUCAGUGCUUACAUCUCCUUGCUGAGGCAAACGCUGCCCAUCCAGAGCUGGCUGCACGCAGCCGAUGCCUCAGGCAAAGAUGAUGUUCCUUUGAGGAUGCUUCAGAACCAGGUCCCCAACAUUGUCAAGGCCUUGCACAAGCAGCUCAAAGAAAAGAGCAUCAAAUCUCGACAGGGUUGUUUCAGCCUCCUGACAGAACUGGCCAAUGUUCUUCCCGGUUGCCUGGCAGAUCACGUCCCUGCACUCAUCCCUGGUAUUGUUUUCUCCUUGGCCGAUAAAUCCAGCUCCUCCAACAUGAGGAUCGACACACUAUCUUUCCUUCACGUUCUUCUUUGCAACCACCAGCCGGAGGUAUUCCAUCCUCAUAUCAAAAGCCUGCUACCUCCCGUUGUGACCUGUAUUGGAGACCCCUUUUAUAAGAUCACUUCAGAAGCCCUGCUGGUUACUCAGCAACUUGUGAAAGUUAUCAGGCCUUUGGACAAAUCCUGCACUUUUGAUGCCAAGCCUUACGUGAAGGACCUUUUCCCUGGUACUCUGAAGCGGCUGAAGGCAGCUGACAUCGACCAGGAGGUGAAGGAGCGUGCCAUCUCCUGCAUGGGACAGAUUAUUUACAAUUUGGGAGACCAUUUAAGCACUGAUCUCCAGCCAACCUUGAAGAUAUUUCUGGAGAGGCUCAAAAAUGAAAUCACCAGAUUGACAACAGUCAAGGCAUUAACCUUAAUUGCUAGUUCUCCACUUAAAAUAGAUUUGAGACCCAUUCUAGGGGAAGGUUUCCCCAUUCUAGCUUCCUUCCUGAGAAAGAAUCAACGUGCCUUGAAACUGAGCACCCUGACUGCCCUGGACAUCCUGGUGAAGAACUACAGUGACAGCCUCAAGCCUGCCAUGAUAGAGUCUGUCCUGGCGGAGCUCCCUGCUUUAAUCACUGAGAACGACAUGCAUGUUUCCCAGGUGGCUGUCAUGUUCCUUACUACUUUGGCUCAGGUUUAUCCAUCCUGCAUCUCUAAGAUCAGCAGCUCAGUUCUUGCUGAAAUCCUGCAGCUCAUCCACUCGCCUUUGCUUCAGGGAGGGGCUCUGAACGCCAUCAUAGACUUCCUCCAUGCUCUGGUGCUGACGAAGGCGGCCCCUGUGGGGUACGCGGAGCUGCUGAAGCAGCUGACUGCGCCCAUUUACUGCUCCGGCGCAGCCGGGGCUCCGGCGUUACACAAACAGGCCUAUUACUCUGUUGCCAAGUGCGUGGCAGCCCUCUCCUCUGCCUGCCCCAAGGAAGCCCCUGCCACAGUGAACCAGUUUAUCCAGGAUGUAAAGACCCCCAAGUCCAGCUCUGCUGUGAAGGUGCUGGCUUUCCUCUCACUGGCAGAGAUGGGGCGCACCACCAACCUCAGUGCUCAGCGGGAGCUCAGAACUGUCAUCCUGGAAGCAUUCACGUCCAGCAGCGAAGAGGUGAAAUCUGCCGCUUCCUACGCGCUGGGGAACGUCAGCAUUGGGAAUCUUAAGGAGUAUCUUCCCUUCAUGCUGAAAGAGAUCGGAAGCCAGCCCAAGAGGCAGUACCUCCUGCUGCACUCUCUGAAAGAAGUGAUCAGUGCCUCCCCAGCCGAUGGCCUCAAACCCUACGUGGAGGAUAUCUGGGCUCUGCUUUUCAAGCACUGUGAGUGCACAGAGGAGGGGACGCGCAACGUGGUGGCCGAGUGCUUGGGGAAGCUGACUCUGGUGAAUCCUUCUGAGCUGCUGCCCCGGCUCAAAAACCAGCUGCCAUCAGGCUCUCCCCAUGCCCGGAGCACGGUCGUGACUGCAGUCAAAUUCACAAUUGCAGACCAACCUCAGCCCAUCGAUGCCCUCCUGAAAGGCUGCAUAGGUGACUUCUUAAAAACUCUCCAGGACCCGGACCUGAACGUUCGACGGGUGGCUUUAGCCUUGUUUAAUUCUGCUGCUCACAACAAACCGUCUCUAAUCCGUGAUCUGCUCCCUGCCGUUCUCCCCAGCCUGUACAACGAAACGAAGGUCCGACGGGAGCUCAUCCGGGAGGUAGAAAUGGGCCCAUUCAAGCACACAGUGGAUGAUGGCCUUGACGUGAGGAAAGCUGCUUUUGAAUGUAUGUACACACUGCUGGAAAGCUGCCUCGACCGACUGGAUAUCUACGAGUACCUGAACCAUGUGGAGGAUGGACUGAAGGAUCACUACGACAUUCGGAUGCUGACUUUCAUCAUGCUGGCUCGGCUGUCCACGCUCUGCCCCAGCGCCGUGCUGCAGCGGCUCGAGCGACUGGUUGAGCCGCUCCGGGCAACCUGCUCCACAAAGGUUAAAGCCGGUUCUGUGAAGCAGGAGUUUGAGAAGCAGGAUGAGCUGAAGCGAUCUGCCAUGAGAGCCGUGGCUGCUCUCCUGACCAUCCCUGAAGUAGAAAAAAGUCCAGUGAUGGCUGAGUUUUCAUCUCAGAUCAGAUCCAGUCCUGAAAUGGCAUCACUCUUUGAGAGCAUUCAGAAGGAUUCUGCCUCCCUCCCCACCUCAGAGUUGAUGGACAUGAGCUAAGGUCUGCCCAUUUACUCUGCCACCUUCCUGCCCUCGCUGUGCAGUUACCCAACAGAUACCCUGAUGGGACAAGGAGGAUGAGGAACACCAUCGAGCUGGGCUCUGCUUUAGCAGCCACUUGCAAGUCACUGGGCACUGACAGGAGAAAAAGUCUGAUCCUAGCAGCACCAGACACUUCACUGACUGCAGGGAGAGACACGAGAUGAGGGAACUGAACCGUCCUUACACAGGGGAGGGGUGAGGAGUAUCCUCCUGUUUUUAAGGAGUGUACAAAGCAAUUGAAAUUGAGCGUGGUUCCAUGGAAAAUGGGAACUAUUUCCUGAAAUAUUUCCCCUUACUGCGGGACGAAUAGUUUAAAAUGUUGUGGGUGUUUUUUGACCACUGCACAUGCACUUUCUACCCCAAAUCGCCUGAAGAAUGUAUUUGUAUUGUUUCACUAAACAGGGCUAAGAACUAGCAGUCAUGCCUGUAAUUAGCAGUGAGCACCACAACCACAGGCCCUGCUUCGACAGGAGACCUGCAGGACGCACUGCAGGAGCUGUGUGGGGUUCCUUGCCCAGCCUCAGCUCCCACCGUGGCACCAGCAGCUCAUGUUCCUGCUCAUUUGGCUGCAAAUACCUCAACCAGCUGUCUUUGGAGCAAGACAGUUUGUGUUACAGUAAAAACCUUGCACUAGGCUUGUCUCUGCAUUUAACACUGCCUUGUCUUUCCCCCUUGAGCAGCUCGGUGUUUGUGUUGUGACCAGCCACAAACAGCAGCUGGAGAGCUGGUGCUUGGUAUUUCACUGACACAGAAGAGGGGUAACAGUAGCCAGAGGUGUAAGCUCAUGCGCAGCCCCACCAACCCUCUGUCAUUUGAAAACUUAAGUUUGUGGCUGUCAUGGUCAGACCCCACAAUUCAGAGAGGAACUAAGUGGCCUUAAGGGACAGGGUGUGGAAAGGCCUCCAUGACGCACUGCUUGUGGCCCUGGAGCUGUAGUGAGCUUUCAUUUCUCCCUUUAUGACAGAGUGGUUGGUGUGAAAAAUAUUUAUAGCGUGUGAAAGACCAUCCAUUGUUUGAGUGGUGUAAAAAAUAAACCUGUGCUUGUGAG